AAAACGGUGCACAAAUAUCAAAGUGUUUCAAGGCUGGCUAUUCCACUUGUGUGGACACAUAAAGAAAAAUAUAAAUACCCACCCACCUGCAAAUGAAACUUUCUCAAAGUGCGACUGUCAAAAUAAAAUCUUUGAAAUGAAAUCUCCCAAGUGACCGCAAUCGCGUUGGCCAUUACAAAUCGUGUAGAAAAGAUUCGGAAACAGAACCAGAACCCACGCAAAUUGUUCAGAAAUAACAAUUUCAUUUUAUUCAGUGCAAAGUCUGUUCUGAAAUCUAAAAGGCGCAUCUGUUUUCACAUCUACAUGCACUGCAAAUGUCUAUAUUAGAUGUGGAAAAUUUACAGAAAGAUGACACAAAUUUCUAAGGGGCGCAAAAUCAACAAUUAGCAAUUAAUUCCCAUAAAUCACAAAAGAGGCAUCAGUUGUUGUUGUUGUUGAUUCGUGCUGUUCUAAAUUUGGUUUAUUUACCUACGUGAGCUGUUUGCAUAUGUCGCGCCUCAGAUAAACCUGGCAAAUAAUAAUGAAGAUGAUACAAAGAACGCAGUGGAAAUGUGGAAACCCCACCAAAUAUUUGCACAUUAAAGAGGGAAAUAAAAGGAUUACUUUUGGAACAGAUAAAUAAUGGAAUGCAAAAAUAUCUGACUUGAAAGGCAAAUUAAAGUUAAUGCCUAUUCUUGAUAGAUAAAAACUAAGCAAUAUUAAGUUAUGUAAACCUUUAGCAAAUUUCAUAUUUAUGGUUUUAAAUCAUUGAUGAAAACUAUAUUUUGUUCAUUGUUGCUAGUAAUAAAACUAGAUUGUUGCAGUUGGCGAUAAUUUUUUUAUAAGGAACUGAAUCAUUUAAAUGAGAUAUAAAUUUCCCAAGAACGACAUGAAUCAUAUAAAUAUUUUGUGUGAUUCGAAUUAAUUAUAAAUUCAACCUACUUUAUAAAAUAUUAAAGUGGAAGAUAGCAGAAAUUAUCUGUUUUAAUUGAUAAUAAAUUAAACUAUUGCAAAUAUGGUAGGACAAAAUAAAUUAUGAGCUCUAAAAAACAAAUUUCGAAAAUUUUCAACGUCUGACCCUUAAAGGGUUAAGGUUUCUUUCUGAAUUCGCUGAAAGAAGUUCUUUGAAAUGAAAGUUGCCCAUUUGCUGGCUCCCUUGCACCCGCACGUUCUUAUCAGACAUAACAAACUACUUGACCCAAGGAGACCCAACCAGAACAAAAACAACAACAACAACGGCAUAACAGCAUCAUCAGAUUGCCAAACAGAAUUCUGCGCAAGUGCAGCAGAACAGACCUCUCCCCAAUAAGCGAGCGAGAGGCCAACAAACUUAACGAAAGAGAGAGGAGGGCUCCUCAAAGAGAGGCAGAGCUCCAAGAGCGACGCGCGCAACUGUCGUCAAGUUUUUGGGGAGCAGUAUCGCGUCGGCAUUAAACGUUUAAGUUCAAAACGAGGAGCCAAAGAGAAGAGAACGACCGCGAGGCGCAACGGAAUACAAAAAGCGUCAAAGAAAUAAAAGAAUCACAAACCGAAACUCGUACAAAAAAAACAUAUUGCAAACUAAAUAAAUAAAUAAAGAUCGCGAUAUCGGAUGUCCGACAAGAUAAAAAUACGCACUAAUGCAGAUAUAAGUAUAAAUAUUAAUGCAAACAGCGGCGCAAAGUGUAAAACGCAGCGGACAUCACUUGACGAAAGAGUGAUGUGAUGUCAUAAUAAAACUUUGCCCUUAUCGACAAUAAUAAAAAAACAAAAAGAAGAAGUGCAAAAACGAUAUCAGCGGAAAAGCGAGGUAAAAGUUAAUAAAUACCCGCCAACGAAAUCAAAUUGCAAUUUGUGAUAACAAAGCGAGCAUGACGGACUACACGGAUUACUUGGAUUCGGCCUGGGAAUAUGCGGAGUGGCUGCCCUACCUGCUGGUCACCUACGUGCUGAUCACCCUGCUUCCAAAGUCCAUGAUCCGGAUAAAACGCUUUGCAGAUGCGGAUUACGAAGCGAACAGGAACAAGUUCCAUCGCUGCUACGGUCCGGAGCUGUGCUGCCAUGUCCUGGCCCAGGAGCAGGCGGCGGGAAAGGUCAAACCCAAGGCCAGAAAGCCGGUGACCCGAGUUUAUCCCAAGCGUCAGCAGGUGACCCCGAAAGCAGAGCUUCCACCUCCAAGUCCGGCGCCUGUGAAGCGGAGUAAUGUCACCAAGAUCGCCCGGAUGUUUGAGACCGGCACCACACGCCAGGUGAACCGGGUGGCACCUGUAACGCUGCCCGAGAUCCGGAUGUUUGGAGCCAGCGAUGAGUCCAGGGAUUCAACGCCCUGCGCCUCGAGGAAAACAAGCAUUGCUAGUCAGCUCUCGGCUCAGUUGCAGCACAUUGAGCAGACGAUGCACCUGUGGCAGGAACUAGAGGAGGAGCCCCCGAAGAAGUCACCAGCCCACAGCAAUGAUUGGGAACCCAUGGCAGUGCCAGUUUCGAGACGCACCAGGGGCACCUCAGCCACGCCCUCCACGGCCUCGCCUCUCUCCAGCUCCCCGGAACCAGAGCACCCUUCUCCAGUUCUGCUGAGGAAACCGCCUUCGCUGUGCCUGCAGACCAGUAUGGAGGACAUCUUUCAGGUGAUUGCCCGGAGUGCCGAGGAGCAGGAGGACUGUCCGGACUGCCACUGUCUGUCGCCGGUGACCUGCAUCGAUGACAUACUCUCCGAGAGGAGGUUCUCAAGGCCCCUGUCCGCCUACUCCAUCACCGAUCUCCUCAACGAAGAGCAGGCCUCCUGUGUGGAGGAGACCACCUAUAUUAAUGAAACCAGAUGAGCAGCGCAGAGGGAUCGAUGCCCCACCAGGGUCGUUUUAUAGUGCCAUCCCCCAGGGUCAGAUGGAAUCACCAGGAAGACUUCCCAUCCAGGCAUUUGUUCGGGAACAAAGCCACUGGAGACCUUGCCAAGCCUCACAUUUCCUACAGCCCCCUGCAUUUUGUUUGUUUAAUCGAUGAAAACUUAAGCAAAUCAAAGUAGAAACUCUUCAACUCAAGUCGCAAUUGGCAAUCGAAGCCUCCCUGUACUUAGUUAACCUUAUAAAUUGUAUAAACGUUCUUAUUUGUCCAUUAAACCAAACCCAAUUUGUAAUUGCGAAGCAUCUCAUUAAUGAGUAGAGAACAGUACUGCUAAACUAAUAUGCUGAUUGUAUGUAUUAACUAUAAAUAAAUAUGAAUUUGUAUUUUAGUAUUACUUAUCGUUAAAUGUACUAUAUGUUAUAAAUGAAAAUUGUAUAAAAUGCAACAAAAUUCGUAAUAAAGAGCAACUAUUGUGUAUUUUCGUUUGCACAGCUGCUAGAAGCAUUCGAAAAAUUUUA